CCCACUUGAAGCCGCAAUUUGGCCGAAUGAGCAGCGCCAACCGAAUCGACGCGACCUGCGUCGGUCUCUCGCAGUUCUGCGCCAAGGACGUCGCUGGUUUCCGUGGCGUCAUCAAGACCGAGCCCGACGACUUUCAAGUCCGCGAGGUUGACGAGGCAGGCCAGGUCGUGGACCUCGACGCAGCGCAGUCGCCUGCCUUGCCCACAAACGCCAUGCCCGAGACGGCCAAAAAGACCAGCCAGGCGAUUGAGGUGGCAGUGCCAGACUGCGGCUGGGAAGCCUUCCUCCUCCAGCGCAUUGGCGAGAGCGCGUGCGCUGACGUUGCCGCGGUGGCCUCGGGGACCAUUGGCAGCUACGCGCUACCCAGCCCGGACGACCUCGAGGACAAGGUCGCCCUCCUCAAGGCCAUCCAGUUUGUCCACCCCGCGCUGCAGUGCGACACGGUGCGCGCGUCGACCAAUGACGCUGGCGACACGAUACCCGCCUCGAUAUCGCUCUCGCUCGACCCGCUCUAUGUCAAGCUCGAAAAAGGCGGCUUGGCGGUCGACGACUGCAAGCGCGUCAUGACGUUCCUCGUCCACGGGCCGUUGGCGCCGUCUGCCGAAGCUGGUGUUCGAUUGGAGCAAGAGCUCACAAAGGAGGCGCGGACCAAGGUCCACCGGCUAUUUGCGACCGCAACCGCCUGUCUCGUGACCAAGACCAACGCGGCACAGGGCAUUGACGUGUUCUUUUCGCCCAAAAUGCUGCAGCGGCGCAAGCGCAAACAGCAGUUUUACGUGCAAUUCGUACUGCAAAAGGUCGACGUCGACCACUUUACCGCACUCGAGGCGCUCGCCCGUGCGGCCAAGACGCCGACAUCUAGCUUUACGUACGCCGGCACCAAGGACAAGCGCGCAAUCACGACCCAGCGCCUUGUCGCGCAAAGCGUCGCACCCCGUGCGCUCCUCGACGCUCACACAGCGCUGGCACCGAUGGGCCUCGCUGUCGGGCACCUCGCGUACGUCGCCACUCCUCUGACGCUAGGGCAAUCGGGCGGCAACCAGUUUACCAUUCGACUGCGGAACGUCGAGGGAACCCCGGACGUUGUCAACGCGGCAUUUGCGAGCGUCGGCGCGACUGGUUUUAUCAACUACUUUGGGCUCCAGCGCGUGGGCUCGCCGCUCCAGAGCGUGCGCACCCACCAUGUUGGCCAAGCUCUCUUUCAGCGAGACUAUGCCAGAGCGAUCUCGCUUUUGUUUACAUCCUCCGAUUCCGACACACCGGGUCUCGCGUCGGCCAAGACGACGUUUCGUAGCUCGCGGGAUGUGAAUGCCGCGCUGCGUGCGCUGCCCCCGUCGGCCGUCACCGAGCGCGCUCUGCUCAUGGGGCUCAAGCGCUACGGCGCGGACGCACACGAGAAGGCGGUGCUCAAUUUACCGCAUCACCGCCGCGUCAUGUACCUGCAUGCGUUCCAGAGCCUUCUCUUCAACCUCCUCGCGUCAUAUCGUGUCGCCACGUACGGCGCCAACGUCGUUGCUGGUGACCUUGUGCUCGAUGCCGCGACCAACAGCGUGUGCAUCGUUGCAUCGGCCGACGACGCGACCCGCUGUGAUCUCAACGAUGUCGUGCUGCCCCUCUUUGGGAGCCACACGACGGUGCCGACGCACGCCGUCGGCGACUACUACAAGCAGGUGCUGAGCGAGCACGGCAUCUCGGAACAUCAAGCGCAGCAACUCAAGGGGGCGUAUCGGCGUGUCUUUUGCGUGCCAAAGGACCUGCACUGGACGCAAACCACGGAGAACGCCACGGUGACCGUGUCGUUCCAGCUUCCUCCUGGUUCGUUUGCAACGAUGCUGCUUCGGGAAGCGCUCAAGCACAUGGACUUUGACGCCACUGUCGGCAGUAACGCCACCGAGUAGAGACUAGCAAUAUAGAGCGUCAUGACGAGCCAUAUGCAGCAUCCUACCGUCCUAUCCACGGAAUCUACAGGCCUGCAAAGUUGCACCUGCUAUAUGGUUUUGCCGCGUCUACGCGCUUUUAAGCGAACAGAGCAACGACUAGACUAGUAUAACGAUUGAACUCGAUUCGUUCGCACGUGA